UAAACAACAAAAUGGUGUUUUUAAAAAUUCAUGGAAUGAAAUAAUUCGAAUAGCAAAAGAAAUAGGGCUUGGAUUAAAACACCUGCAUGAAAAAGAAAUUAUUUAUGAAAAUUUACAUUCUAAAAAUAUUUUAAUAAAUAAUGGUAAACCCUUAAUUGCUGAUUUUGGAAUUUCGAAUACCAUGGCUGCAUAUUUUGAACCUCAAUGUUUCAUUGCAAAAAAAAAAAAAGUUGAGUGUGAUGAACGAUCUGAUAUAUAUAGUCUAGGUGUGUUGCUGUGGGAACUUACUAGUGGGAUACAUCCUUUCUCUGACCUAACAAACUAUGCUAUUGCUGUAAAAAUUUCACAUAGUUAUCGAGAGGAGGUAAUUCCUGGCACACCACAAGAAUAUGCAGAUAUUUAUGAGAAAU